GAUCUGCGGGAAAAAAAACUUGAAUGCGAUUCCGAAACUGAAACUGAAUUUUUUACCUGGAUCCAAAUCUGCUGGCAGUUGUGAGCGGCGAGCGAAGUGCAAAAGACGCCGUCGUAGUUACAAAAAGAAACAAAAACUGAACUUCGUACUUAAAGUGGGACUUUAUAGUGCUUGAAAGAUGGAUCAGAAACGAGCCAUGCUGUAUCCACAAGUGGAUUUUAAUACCCCGAGUGCCCCUUCACCAACUCCAACCAGGGAAUUGGUCAAUCCCAUGGGUUUGCCCGUGGAGGCGCCUCCAUCUUACGAUAUGGCUGUGUCUGUUCCGGUGGUUCCAGCGGUUUCCGCACCACCGAUUGUACCAGCAUUGCCACCAGUGGUUGUUGUCGAGCAGCCAACUCCACUGCCACCUACAGUGGUUCCAAUUGAUACCCUGCAUUUGGGGCCAAACCGAUGCAGAGUUCUUUGUCCCGCUUGUGGAGCCAACAAAACCACCAGGAUGACACACACGGCUAAUUCCAGAACGCACUUGGUAGCUGGUAUUCUCUGCUUAGUAGGAUUUUGUUGCUGUGCCUGUUUUGUACCCUAUUGCAUGAAUAGUUGCCGUACAGGGAAUCACUACUGUCGCAAGUGUAACACAUUCCUGGGAGCCUACAAUCCAAAAGGGAUUAACUAAUGAUAAGACUGCGGUAUUUGUGAUCUGAGUGCUACAAAAAAAAGUAAAACAGUCACAGUUGGAAGUUCAAUGCAAACACAAAUCAACUGAUGUUUGUCUACGAAUAAACUAAGAUUGUACAGAA